CUGAGCCGGCGCUUGGAGCUACUUCCGGCGGCCGCGCUCCGCCCCCGGGCGUCUCCGUUUUGGCCGCAGGAGCCGGGGGCGCACAUGGCGGGCUUGGAGGUAUUGUACGCGUCGGCGGCGCCGGCCAUCACCUGCGCGCAGGACGCGCUCAUCUGCUUUCUGCACUGGGAGGUGGUGACGCACGGCUACUACGCCUUGGGUGUCGGCGACCAGCCAGGCCCCGAUGAUAAGAAAUCAGAACUGCUGCCGGCCGAAUGGAAUAGCAAUAAAGACCUGUAUGUCCUCCGGUAUGAGUCUAAGGAUGGGUCCAGAAAGCUCCUUGUGAAGGCUGUCACCGUGGAGAACAGCGUGAUCAUCAAUGUGCUGGAAAGUGGGUCACAGCAGGUAUCAGAUUUGACCCUGAAUUUGGAUGAUUAUAUCGAUUCAGAACACCUGGCUGACUUCCACAGGACCUACAAGAACAGUGAGGAACUUCGGUCUCGCAUCGUGUCUGGAAUCAUCACACCUAUCCAUGAGCACUGGGACAAGGCUAGUGUCAGCAGUCCCCACCGGGAGUUUCCACCUGCCACUGCCAGAGAGGUGGACCCCCUCCGGAUUCACCCACAGCACCCACACACGAGCCGGCAGCCUCCCUGGUGUGAUCCCCUGGGCCCGUUUGCUGUCGGGGGAGAGGACCUGGACCCCUUUGGGUGUCGGAGAGGUGGCAUGAUUGUGGAUCCCCUGAGAUCUGGCUUCCCAAGAGCACUCAUUGACCCAUCCUCGGGGCUCCCAAACCGUCUUCCUCCAGGCGCUGUGCCCCCAGGAGCACGCUUUGACCCCUUCGGACCCAUUGGGACCAGCCCGUCUGGACCUAACCCAGACCAUCUCCCCCCACCGGGCUUCGAUGACAUGUACCUGUGAAGGCCUCAAGAAUGUAGCAUCCCAGCCUUCCCUCCACUGUCCUGGAGCUGCCACCACUGGCCCCAUCAGCAACUGUGUUCUUGCGGGCUGGGGGCAAGGGACUCUGCCCAUGUGUUUGCGGGCCAGCUGGGAUUGCCUCCCCACCCCGUCAGAGCCAAGGCACCUGCUGCAGCUCUCCACCUGGCUGCAUAUAGGUCCCCAAGAGCAAUCAGUGUGUCUCUCUCACCACCAGCUCCCCCACACUUCUCAAGGGAGACUCCGGCAACAUCUGCCCUCGGCCUGAUGCAGUCCCAGCUGCAGCACUCUAAGAACAGAGCGCAUUUUGGAUGUUAUUAUAAGAACUAAAUGUCAAUACAGAAAUCAUGUUGCCAGUCUCCCACUGUUCUUUACUGCCCAGCUCCUUCCAUGUCUGAGACUUUAGAGUUUAAAUCCUGGUGGGGCUAAAUGACUUUUCUCUUACCUGGGGCCUGUUCUCGCUUCUUAGGCCCUUUCCCUUCAUAAAUUGCUUUCUUGCUCCUGACAUCACUAAGGUGGGUCCCAGUGUGGCUGCAAAGCUGAAAAUGAGGGACUGGAAACCCCACGGGGCCACAAGGAUGACUUUCCCAAGGGCAGGCACAUUGCAGAAAGCCUGCGUCAUUGUGAGAAGGGCAGCACCCUCCAGUUCUGCCUGUCCGCGCACAUCCUCUGGUCCGUCUGUGCCUGGACAGUGGCAGCCUCUAAGCAGAAGAAUAAACAGACCUGAAGGCUCAUCUCA